CAGCUGACUGACCGCUGAUGAGUCUGGUGUAGCGGCGAUAUCGGUGCGCUCACCGCUGCGCUGCAGCCGCUGUUGCUGCAGGGGGAGCAUCCGUCCAACAGCCUGCAGUGCUGCGAUGCGCGGCAGCUCCUCUCUGCGCCUCUUCCCCCCGCAUAAUCGUUUUCAAGACCUCCGAGGAACAGAUUCGUGAGAGAGGGGCGAGCUCCGUGCAGCAGGGAGGUGAAAGAGUCUGUAGUGUGCGUCUUAACUGAGAUGGAGAAGGCGCUUGCUCAUUUCCACGAAUGUUUACAUGGUUUCUGGAGAUGCAGGUGUCAACAGAGGUUUUCCUUUCAAUGACUGGAUAGAGGCAGUGAGGUUCCAGGAUGCGGUCCAUGAGGAAGACGGUGUUGCUAGUCAUCUUGGUGUCUGUGGUGCUAGUACUGGCUCUCCUCCAUUCGUGGCCCACUCGGGGUUAUACCACAGUGGAUGUUUGGCAGCGACCAGCGUUUAUAGUAGAGAGGCAUCUGGAAGAGAGGGUCCCUGAGUCAGACCAUCGAUUGAGCAAUAUUCCCUUCCAUGUAAGGGAUAAUGUGGCGAGUUUGCUGGCACGUAAUGGAUGCAUAUGUGAGGGCGAAAGUGGGGGGGUAAACCUACCGUUCGCACAACUCUUGUUCCCGCGGGUGUCAGCUCACCCGCUGCACACUGCCUUCGAGGCUUCAGAGCUGGAGGAGAUGAAGAGGAGACGGGCUAAAGAGUACAGCAGCUUUCAGACGAGGUCAAAGACCCCUGCAGAUCUACUCAUUAUUGCUGAGGCUAACAGCCCCUUGCAGUAUCCGACACAGGGGGUGGAAGUACGACCCCUGAAAACAAGCAUCAUCCCAGGCUUGGCCUUACAUGACCUUCCCAGAGAUAAUUACUCAAUAAACAUCACUGCCACGCUGGGAACUCUAAAUGUGGCCGCGGAGGUAGACGAGGUGAAAAUCAAAGGUGAUGGCGAGAUGCACAUGACUCUUUCCAGCCGCCUGCUGCCGAACAUGAACCGACAGCUGCAGUUCGUCACCUACACGAACACGCUGUUUCAUCCCAGCACGGCAGACACAGUGCAGCUUGAGACAGAGGGACAUCAAGCUGUCUUCAGCAUCAAGAUCCGACACGGAACAACACCUAAACUGUACAACACUGGAUCCAAAGGAGAGUACAACAUCAGCGCCCUCGUGACAAUAGCCACAAAAACGUUCCUGCGUUACGAUAAGCUUAGAGAUCUUAUCGACAGCAUCAGAAGAUACUACCCUACUGUUACCAUAGUUAUAGCUGAUGACAGUGAAAAUCCCCAAACCAUCUCUGGGCCUUACAUCGAACAUUACAUCAUGCCCUUUGGAAAGGGUUGGUUUGCCGGCCGAAACCUGGCCGUGUCCCAGGUGACCACGAAGUACGUACUGUGGGUGGACGAUGACUUCAUCUUCACAGCCAACACCAAGCUGGAGAAGCUUGUGGAUGUUUUAGAAAGGACCACUCUGGAUCUAGUGGGUGGUGCAGUGCGGGAGGCCACGGGGUACACCGCCACCUACCGUCAAACCAUCUCCAUUGAGCCAGGAGAGGAAGAUGGUGACUGUUUACACAUGAGGAGAGGAUUUCAUCACGUCAUUGAAGGCUUCCCCAACUGCGUUGUGACUGAUGGGGUCAUCAACUUCUUUUUAGCUCGCACAGACAAAGUCCAGCAGGUCGGCUUUGACCCACGCCUCACCAGGGUCGCUCAUCUGGAGUUUUUCAUCGAUGGCCUCGGCUCUCUCCAUGUGGGCUCUUGCGAUGAUGUCAUUGUCAAUCACGCGACCAAAAUCAAACUACCCUGGGUAAGCCAGUCAGAGAGCGACAAGACCUACGCCAAGUUCCGUUACCCAUCAGCCUCCUCUGAUGCCACGCACACCAAAAACGGCCUCCUGUACUUCAAGAAUCGGUUUCAGUGCUUGACUCAUAAUUAGCUUCCCCUCUCCUCUUUUUCUCGAAGGUUCCUCCGCUCUCCCCGAGUUGCCAAAGAAGUUCUCCUCCCCCACGCCCUGUCAGAUAAGAUUUUGGUUUGCCUUCUCUUGAGAACCUUGAAAUUAUUUUUCCAGCUUCAGCCUUUAGAGCAGUUUUAGCAUGUUUUAUCUGUCAGUGCACAGCUCUGCAGUGAGCUAAAAAGUCCUCUAGCAUCUAGAAGCCCAACAGAAAAAUUUAGGCUUCCUUUUUGGUGUGAAGACAGGAGAAAAUGAGCUGCAGUGCCCAGUAACAUCUCGAGUCAUAAAGGGAUCUUGCUCAUACCCUGCACAAAGACCAGGCUUUGGGAGAACCGAACAGGUAGCAGCCAGUGUAACUUCAUUGUCAUGCUGUUUUGGGUAGAUGUGCAUGCAUUCUCCUUCGAUUUGCACUAGCCGAAUAUAGAAUUGAGCUUGGAACAAGGUCUUUCUGUCAGUGACAACAAACCCUAUCAGUUAAGUGACAGAGCUGCAGACUCGGAGCUCCAGUGUGACCUCCUUGCCAAUGCCACAUGAAGAACGUGUUCCAAGUCUUUUCAUUUGUCGGGUUCUGGUACUGACUGGCCGUGCCAAAGGUCUGGAUGCUGCUAGCUCUUGGGUGCUUUAAUCUGUGUGUGCAUUAUGGUUUUACUGCCCAUUACCCAGAAUCCUUUUGUGUCACCCAUGGAGAGAUAAGUAAGAUCUGAGGAGGAGAACCUUUUGGUCUCAGUUCAUCAGGUGUUACCUGGUUGCGGGAGCAGCUGUAAUCGUCGUCUUCUGCUGUUUGUCUGUUUCCCCAACAAGCAUCUGAGGAAAACGAGGCGUUUGAGUGCUCACCACCGGAUCUUUACAUGUGGCCAAAAGAAACAUUGGUUGAACUAAAGUACUUGUAAAAUACUCACAUCAUUAUGAAAAGAGGAUGGAGAAGGGGGAGGGGGAUGAAGCAAGAAUACAGUUUUUAUACUGAAACUCCUCUUUGGAGCACUCCUGCAUGUCAGAGACUCAAGUGGUGAUGCUGUUCUUUUAUACCAUGGUCUUUAGAUGGCACCCUUGUAUCACUGUAUUUGUUUCCUAAGCAAGUUUUUUAACUUUGUUUUGUUAGCAAUAAGGUGCCAGAGAUUUAUCAACUGUUUUUUUUAAUCCCCAAGAGAAAUAUCGACUGAUUUGUAACUAUUUUAUUUAUUAAUUUAUUAAAAAUUUGUUUGCCUUUUAUUAGAUAGAACAGUGAAGAGAGACAAGUAAGCAGGGGGGUGUCGGGUCAGAAAGCAGCACAUCGGAAUCGAACCUGAUCUGCUCUGAGCUACACCGGCAUCUGUUUGUGACUUUUAAUUCAUUUCUAUUUUUCACCAAAAUGUGACGUUCGUUCUGUUGAUGGAAGAAACUAACAGCAGUGUUCCUGCUGCUUGGUUUGUAUGUAGUUGUGUACUGAAGAAUUUGUCUCACAUUUUAAUUUGUAAGUGUUGACAGAUGUAGAAUUUUUUUUAACAGUGAUGUUUAUUGUGUGGACACAGAAAUCAUUUGUUGCCUGCUUCACCCACCCACCCACCCCCACACCCAAAACAAAAAAAUAUGAGUUGUUUGAGCAUUAUGAGAGUUUUUACAUUCAUUUCAAAUGUUAUAAAAAAUGUGUGUGGGGAAAAAAAAAUGAAAUCUUGUGUUCAAUGUUGUGAUGUUGGUUCAAAGGAUGAAGACGCUGACUUACAAUAGAUUACAGUCUUUUGAUUACAGAUUACAGAACUUAAUUUAUGAGCACAUCUUUUAUGCUACUGAAGCAAAUGAACAUGAUAGAUGAGAGGCAAAAACUGUCAAAUAAUAGCAAGCACGGUUUAUAUUUGAGACUAAAAGCCUGCGUUUAAAACCAGGUUUUGAAUUUAAUGACUGAAGUUGUCUGAGAGUGUCGGAGCCUGGAAGCUGAAGGCUCUAUCCCUGAGCGUCUGAAACUUGGAGAGAGGAAUGUACAGCAACCACAUGUCAACACAGGAGGAAGAUUUCUCAGGUGGGGCUGGGGGUGUAGAGCUGAAGGAGAUCAGAGAGGUACUGAGGGCCAUGAACAUGAAGGAACAUGCAGGUAAGGAGUCUUAUAUCUAGCUUCAUCUUGCUCGUGCCAGGUUGUGCCCUGUCUUUCUUUCAAAACAGCUUUAAUUAUUUGUGGCAAAGAUUCAACAAGUUGUUAGAAACAUUCCUCAGAGAUUUUGGUCCACAUCAGCGUCACAUCCAUGAUGAGAAUCUGCCGUUCCACCACAUCCCGAGUCUGGUCUAUUAGAUUGAGAGCUGGUGACUGUGGAGGCCAUGUGAGUACAGGGAACUCAUUGUCAUGCUCAAGAAACCAGUCUGAGAUAAUUUGAGCUUUGUGACGUUGUGCAUUAUCCUGCUGGAGGCAGUCAUCAAAAUACCAGUUCGAUGUGGUGAUAAAGGGUUGAAUAUGGUCUGCAAGAGUACUCGGAUAGGCUGUGGCAUUUAAACAAUUCUCUGUUGGUAUUUAGGGACCCAAUCUGUGCCAAGAAAAUAUCCUCUACACCCUCACACCAUCAACAGCAGACUAAACUGUUUAUACAAGGCAGCAUGGAUCUGUGCUUUACUGCUUACCACCAGAUUUUGAUAGCAAAAGUUCAAUUUAACCCUCGGUUUCCUGUUCUUAGUUGACAGGAAUGAUCCUCUGUGUGGUAUUCUGCUGCCGUAGCCCAGCUGCUUCAAGGUUCUGCUUCUUCACACCUUGUUACAACCUUGUUGUAACAAGUGGUUAUUUAAGUUACCGUUGCCUUCCUAUCAGCUCAACGCAGUCUGGUCAGUUUCACCCAGAGAAACUGCAUAAUGGAUGUUCCCUUAAAAUUCCGCCAAGCACAAAAAUAAAAAACAAAAGCCUUCGUAUUAAUUACAAGGUUUCGUCUUCAUUUUCAGUAGCAAUAUUAAGAUGUUAAACAAGCAGACAAACAUGUAAAAGAUGAGGCAGUGUGAGUCUAUGCAAUGCAAAUGAACAACGAGACCACUAGGAUGUUGUGUGUCACAUAGUCAGAUGACUGAAGGACAAAUGGCCUCUGUGUGAUGCAGAAAUUUCAGGCAGUCUUUUGCUUGGAGUACUGAAAUGUUUUAUGUUCAGAAGUGUAGAGCAGGUGCCAGCAGCGCGAGUUUAUGCCUUUUCA